CUUUUUAAAUUCUGAUUUGACUCGAUAGAUUUAUUGCAGAUCAGUUAGUGAGGUCAGUUCUGUUUGGUUUUCUUCUUGUUGGUGUCUGUUGGAAUUUGGAUUUUUUAAAGAAUGCCACCACCAAAACGUUUUAAAAAAGAUAAUGACAGAGGCAAAUGGAAAAAAAGAAAAGAAGACCAUGAAGAAUGCAUGGAUGAUGAUUCUACUGAUGUUGUAGAAACAGAGGGUAUUCCAGACGCUGCCAAAACUGAUAUAGAAAAACAAGAUGAAGCUGUAUUAGAAGAUGAAUUCGGUGCAAAAGAUUAUCGUUCACAAAUGACGCUAAAAUCUGACUGUGAAUCUAGACCAUUAUGGGUAGCACCUAAUGGACAUAUUUUUCUUGAAUCAUUUUCACCGGUAUAUAAACAUGCCCACGACUUCUUGAUAGCAAUAUCGGAACCUGUUUGUCGACCAGAACAUAUUCACGAAUAUAAAUUAACGGCAUAUUCGUUGUAUGCUGCUGUUAGUGUAGGUCUUCAAACUCAUGAUAUAAUAGAAUAUUUAAAAAGAUUGAGUAAAACUAGUAUACCUAAUGGUAUUAUAGAAUUUAUAAAGUUAUGUACAUUAUCGUAUGGCAAAGUAAAGCUUGUACUAAAACGUAAUAAAUAUUUUGUGGAAUCUCCAUUUCCAGAAGUAUUACAAACACUUCUGAAGGAUCCUGUUAUACAGCAAUGUAGAUUAAGAAAAAAUGUGGAUGAUUUAGAAAAGGAUGAAGUCACAACAAAUAUUCAAAACAAAGCAAAGAAUAUAAGAUUUGGUGCAAAACCAUUACCAAGUGCUCAAGCAGUUACCGCUAAGCAAGCUGCUCCAGAAACUAAAGUUGAUCAAACACCAUCAGAAACGGCUGCUAUUCCAGAAGAUAUAACUACAUUUUAUGAAAAAAUUGAUAAAGAAGAUGAAGAUGAAGAAGAAGAACAAGAAUUAAAAACUGUCAGUUUUGAAGUAAAUCAAGAAAAAAUUGAAGUUAUACAAAAAAGAUGUAUAGAGUUGGAAUAUCCAUUAUUAGCAGAAUAUGAUUUCCGCAAUGACAAUGUAAAUCCUGAUAUAAAUAUUGAUUUAAAACCAUCUGCAGUUUUGAGGCCUUAUCAAGAAAAAAGUUUACGUAAAAUGUUUGGCAAUGGACGUGCUAGAUCAGGUGUGAUAGUACUGCCAUGUGGCGCAGGAAAAAGUUUAGUAGGUGUAACAGCUUGUUGUACAGUACGAAAGCGUGCUUUGGUACUUUGUAAUUCUGGAGUAUCUGUAGAACAAUGGAAGCAGCAAUUUAAGAUGUGGUCUACUGCUGAUGAUUCUAUGAUUUGUCGAUUUACUAGUGAAGCAAAAGAUAAGCCUAUGGGUUGUGGCAUUUUAAUCACUACAUAUUCUAUGAUAACACAUACACAGAAACGUUCUUGGGAAGCUGAGCAAACUAUGCGAUGGCUUCAAGAACAGGAAUGGGGAAUUAUGGUUUUAGAUGAAGUACAUACAAUUCCUGCCAAGAUGUUCAGAAGAGUGUUAACAAUUGUACAAUCUCAUUGUAAAUUAGGAUUAACAGCUACAUUAUUGCGAGAAGAUGAUAAAAUCGCAGAUCUCAAUUUUUUAAUUGGCCCAAAAUUAUAUGAAGCCAAUUGGUUAGAACUACAAAAACGGGGAUUCAUUGCCAGAGUGCAAUGUGCUGAAGUAUGGUGCCCUAUGACCCCUGAGUUUUAUAGGGAAUAUCUUGGAUGUAAAACAAAUAGGAAACUGUUAUUGUACGUAAUGAAUCCAAAUAAGUUUAGAAGUUGUCAAUAUUUAAUUAGAUACCACGAAAGACGUGGUGAUAAAACAAUUGUCUUCUCAGACAAUGUAUUUGCAUUAAAACAUUAUGCUAUUAAAAUGAAUAAACCCUAUAUUUAUGGACCAACUAGUCAAAACGAACGUAUACAGAUACUGCAAAAUUUUAAAUUUAAUACAAAAGUGAAUACAAUAUUUGUUAGUAAAGUAGCUGAUACUUCUUUCGACUUACCAGAAGCAAAUGUACUAAUUCAGAUUUCUUCACAUGGCGGUUCCCGACGUCAAGAAGCUCAACGAUUGGGCCGUAUAUUAAGAGCUAAAAAAGGCGCAAUUGCAGAAGAAUAUAAUGCCUUCUUUUAUACAUUAGUAUCACAAGAUACUAUGGAAAUGAAUUAUUCAAGAAAACGUCAAAGAUUUCUUGUUAAUCAAGGCUAUGCUUAUAAAGUCAUUACUAAGUUGGCAGGUAUGGACGAUGAGCCAGAUUUAAUGUAUAGCGUACGAGAAGAACAAGGUCAGUUGUUGCAACAAGUCCUUACAGCCAGCGAUAUGGAUGCAGAUGAAGAAAGAAUACCUGGGGAAGGUAUACGAUCAGUUACAACGAAAGCAGGAAAUAUGACAUCAUUAUCAGGAGCAGAUGAUGCUGUUUAUUAUGAAUAUAAAAAAGCCCCAAGUUCUUCAACAGCUAAUAAACAUCCGCUAUUUAAAAAAUUCAGAACUUAAGAGCUUAUAGUAGAAUUUAGUAGUUUUAUUGUGUACUGAUAUUAUAAUUGCAUAAUAAUAUCAUAUAUUUGUGAAUUCUAGGAAUUGUUAGGGAAAAAAGGUAAAUAAAAACUAUGAAGCAUGUUGUAUUAUAUCAUUUAGGAUUUUACAAUCUACAUGCAUAGUUUUAAAUAAAUCAAAUGUAACUUUUAAAAGAUGUAAGAUUAAUAGACUAUAUUUUUCAUACAUACUAAAAGUUCCUCUUUAUACUGUACUUUAGUAUAUGAUAAUUAAUUUAUAGUUUUAUGUGAAUUACACGUGUAAAAUGUUGUAAAUCAAAUAAAUUAUUAUAGAUAAUCAUU